AUGGAUAUUCCUCAGGCUGACCUCGAUCUCCUCAACGAGAAGGACAAGAACGAGCUUCGCGGUUUCAUUUCCAACGAGACGCAGCGCCAGAGGGUGCAAGGACAAACCCACGCCCUUACCGAUUCCUGCUGGAAGAAAUGCGUCACCUCCCCCAUCAAGACCAACCAGCUCGACAAGACCGAGGCCGUCUGCAUGGCGGACUGCGUUGAGCGCUUCCUGGACGUCAACCUGACCAUCAUGGCCCACGUGCAAAAGAUCACUAGGGGUGGUAGCAAGUAGGUCUCGCGCGCCGAUAGGAAGGCGUGGGAGGAUGUUUAUCAGGAGGGGAAAAAAAGAUGAGAAAGGAACAGGAAGAAAAGAGGAGGCAGCGGAAGGAGGAUGGCGAUAACGGUGACUUGUUUCUGUGGCGGAACUGAUUGUCCCGCGGGGCUGGCUGGCUAAGUUUUUUGGUUGGUUGGUCCUGCUUGGUGGGCUUCUUGGGAGACUUGGAGAAUGCGGCCGAGGUUUCCGACGCUUGUUCUCAUGUUGGUUCUGGCUCACUACGACGGAACGGGAGGACAGAGAAGCACCCUUUGCUAGGGAACCAUCGUUGAGCCCCUGCGACAGGGCUUGCGAUUACGGUUCUGGUCACAGUUCUAGGAGACAGUCAUUCGAGGAAUUGUUACGGUUACGUCUGAAGGCUUGUACGAUAUAUGUGAUGGGACAAGGGAAGGAUCAAAGGUAGGACUGGAAGGGAAAAGGGUUUAUAGGGCAUGAGGAUUGUUCAGGAACAUAGACAGUAUAACAGGCGGUUCUUAUAGCAUGAUAUGGGAGCGCGCGAUAGCGGAAUGUUCAUCUUCAUCUUCAUACACAGACUCAAUGCUCAGUGCAGGAUAGUUGGUUACA